UUUCUACUUCCGGAUCAGAGUUCAGCGGGGUCCUGAUAGCGCGGAUUAGAAAGACAACCGGCAGCCAAACAAAUACACGUCUAUUUCUACUCCAAGAUCUACUGUGAAGAGUUUUAAACAUGGCAAGCAGAGAAGGAGGCAAAAAGAAGCCACUGAAGGCGCCCAAGAAACAGUCCAAGGAAAUGGAUGAUGAUGAUGUUGCCUUCAAGCAGAAGCAAAAGGAUGACCUGAAGGCCAUGGAAGUGUUGAAGGCCAAAGCGUCUGGAAAAGGACCUCUAGGCAGCAGUGGCAUCAAGAAAUCAGGCAAGAAGUAAGAUCUGGAUCUGACGCCGAUGUUCGUCGACGCCCCGGCUUCACUUCCUGUGUCCUGUGUCUGAGAUGUGUUUGCUCGCUGAGAAGACCUGUGUUACACAUGAACCCCAUCAAACACCUGCCCUGGUGUCGACCUGCUCGACCCAGUGAACAUGUACAGACAUUUAAUUAAAUAUUUCUGAGAAUUUCAAGCACCAGGAAUAUGGGUCCACACCUUUUGUGUUUCAGAUGAUCAACAUCUUCAAAUCCAGUUUAUAAAUUAAGGUUCGCCAUCUUACAAAUGGGGGGGGGGGGGGGGUCCUGAUCUCUACCGUAUUUAGUUUUUGUCCAUGUGAGACUUUAAACUAUCAGAACACACAUCACCAAGUUCUUUUCUUUCCGUUGUGUUGUAAAGAGGAAGAUACUAAUAAAGUUUUUGUAACGACU